AUGGCGUUAGGUCAACAAUUGGCAGCAUUGCUGAUCAAGGACCUCAAGAUCACAUUACGGAGUAAGAAAAGAUUCUUCCUCGAAAUCUUGUUUCCGUGCUACACCCUGACGUUCGUGUUAUACAACUUUCAAAGUGAGAGGAAGCCACAAUUGAUAGAAGCCAAUUUCUUUAUGAUUUUUGGAAAUUGGUUGCCAGAGUUGCAAGUGGAGUAAGUUACGUUUUGAACAUAUUUUCGCCUUUGGUUUGGCUUUAGCACAGGUUUUGGUCUUGACUUUGGCCCUUGGCUUUGGCCCUUGGCUUUGGCCCUUGGCUUUGGCCCUUGGCUUUGGCCCUUGACUUUGACCCUGACUUCAGCCCUAGUUUUAGCAUUGGCUUUGGCCUUGCCGUUAAUCCUGGCUUUAGUCUUGACUUUGUCCUUUGCCAUUGCUUUGGUCCUAGCUUUAGCCCUUGCCUUAGCUCUGGCCCUAGCCCUAUGUCGUCUAUAAAAACUUUUCCCGUCUUAAAUUUUUAAAAUAUUUUAGAAACCUGACCAAUGAACAAUUUCGACAACUCCAGGAUGCUGCCAAUGCCAUGAACAACACUUUCCAGCCUCGGCCUUACAACACCGUCUCACCGUUGGUGAUUAGAUUCGAAAAGUUCUCUCCACAAACCAACCAAUUUUCGUAUUUUAUCGUCGAAACGAAGCGCAAAAUGGCCUUGUACGACGCUAAUGUUGGAUGGAUAUUCAACCAACCGUACAAGACGCGCUACAUAUAUGAUCAUGAUCAAUUUAGUAUGGGACUCCACUCUUUUGCGGUAGUUCAGUACAAUGUAAACGAGGUUCUAAUGAGUUUAACCGGGAGAAAUACAAGUGCGAAUAAGGUGAGGGAUUCAAAAUGUUAUGGCAUUUUGGUUUUAUACAAAGGCUAGAAAGUUUGUUUUAAGUCGGGGGGGGGGGAGGAGAGUGGAAAGAAGAAGAGAGAAGGGGAGGAAUAAGAAGCGGAAAAAAUUAGAAAAAACUUUGAACAACAGGUAGGGAUACUCAAAAAAAAUUUUUUUUGAAGGUACAGGCAAAGUAUUAUCUAAAAAGUCUCUUCCUCCCCCUCCUUCACGUUGAGUUGCCUCGCUUCCUUCUCUUUUUCCCAAAUCAAAAUUGUCUGCCUAUGGGUAUAAAGUGAUUAGUAGUCUUUGCUCAAAUCAUUUCACUAUGUAAUCUUUCAGCCCGUGUUCAAUUUCCUGCCACAAGCAACUUUUAUUCACAACUACUUUAAUGUAUUCUGUCUGAAAUGUUACAAACACAUGGCAAUUACGAGUUUGGCUCCCAUGGCCAUCAUCAUCAAAGAUCUGAUUUCGGAGACCGAGAAUGACAUCAAGGUGGGUUUGAACAAAUCAAUUUUCAAAAUUUUAAAUUGCACUGGUUUUAAAAACUUGUGAUAAAUUUUGAAACAUUUUUCAAAUUCAAAAAUUUUUAGUUUUUUUAUUUUAAAAAUUUUUUAAUUUAAAAUUUUCAGAAUUACAUGUUGAUAACUGGCAUGACUCGCUACAGCUUCUACUUCUCUCACUACCUAUUUGGAUUUGGGAAAAUGCUUUUGGUUAUGUUUAUUACUUUGUUAUUGUGA